AGAGUCCUAGGGCCACCACCUAAAAAAGCUCUAUAUAUACGCAGCCUACACAUUCCUGAAAUUCUUCAAGGUGCAAGCAACUUGACUCUCAAGUCUCCACCUCGUCACUCUCUCCUCUCUCUCUCUCCUCCAUAUCAUGACCAGAAUUUCGAACACAACCGACGAGAACGCAAUCAGCACCCAAAAGAUCAAGUUCCUCUACAGCUACGGCGGCAAAAUCCUCCCUCGUCGCACCGACGGCAAGCUCCGCUACGCCGGGGGCCACACCAGAGUCCUCUCCGCCGAUCGCUCCAUCACCUUCGCGGAGCUGAUGGUGAGAUUUGUAGAACUAUGCGGUUCCUCGAUGACAUUGAAGUGCAAAUUACCGACCGAAGAUCUCGACGUCUUGGUUACGAUCACCUGCGACGAGGACCUCGCUACGAUCGUUCGCGAAUACGAUCGGUUCUCGUUGUCUACGCAGAAAGACCUGAAGAUUACGGCAGUGCUGUUUCCUCGCGAAUCUCUCAAAACAAUCUCUCCUCCUCCGUCCACCGUUUCCGGCCUCGAUUUCUCCUCCGCCGUACGUAUCCCGCAGCCUCUAAUUGGUACCGGGAGGAAUCCGUCGCCGGCAAUUAGAUUUCCGGCCGGUGUUGGGAAGGACGGUGGUAAAGUGCGUUGUUAUCAACUAGCAAACCCUAGGCAUCUCUACUUUGUACCGCAUCAGAAUUAAUUACCGACGAAGAACUAAAAAUAUCUGAGGACAGUGGCUCGAUUGUACAUGGUAGUUUGUGUGGUGGUGAUACAAUUGAAUUCUCCUAAUACUCCACUCAAAAGCCAAUUUUGCAAAAUUUUUUGGUUUGUUCACUCCAAAUAUACAGAUACUAUUUGCAAA